UAUGUGGACGACAUCUUGAUUGCAGCCAGGACCAGAGAUGACUGCAUACAAUUCACUAUCUUCCGGGGACACAGACAACUCAGCAAGGAAUGGAAAGAAGCUAUCUGUCAACUCCCAGAGCCCCAUACAGUGAGAGAGAUGCAAGCUUUCCUGGGAAUGCCGGAGCAUGACUGCUUGCAGAUAAUUGAGGAGGUCUAUUCCAGCCGACCAGAUCUGAAGGAUGUGCCCAUGGAGAAUCCAGAUUGGGAACUCUUUACCGAUGGAAGCAGCUUCAUGAAAAAUGGUAAAAGUAUGACAGGCUAUGCAGUGACCACACAGGAUAAGGUGAUCGAGGCAAAGGCCCUGCCAGCAGAUGUGUCAUCGCAGAAAGCUGAGCUGAUUGCACUAACAAGAGCUCUAGACCUGAGUGAGGGAAAAAAGGUAAAUAUAUGGACCGAUUCCAAAUAUGCAUUUAGUGUUGUCCAUGCCCAUGGAGCCAUUUGGAAAGAGAGAGGACUUUUGAAUGCUCAAGGUAAUCAAAUUAAACAUGCUGAGCAAAUACUCGCCCUCUUAGAGAGCAUUAAAAGACCUGCAGAAGUAGCUGUCAUGCACUGUAGAGGUCACCAAAAGGGGAAAACUGUUCCAGAAUUGGGAAAUUGCUUUGCUGAUAAAAUGGCAAGAAGGAUUGCAGAAAAAGGUAUUCUUGCAGUAAUUCCACAAAAAGAGAUUGAUUUGUCAGGGUACACCCCAAAAUAUGAUCAGGCAGACCAAAAACUAAUAAAAUUCCUUAAAGCUGAAAUCACAGAAAGUGGGUGGGCUGUUACCCCGAUGAACCAGGUGGUAGUCCCACCCCUGAUCCUUCGGGAAUUAGUUCAGAGAGAACACGAAACCACACAUUAUGGGGUUGAAAACCUUUUGAAACACCUAAGAAAGGUAGUAAUAGGGAAGGGAAUGAUUGAUAUUAUACAAUCAGUAGCGAGUAAAUGUGAAAUUUGCUGUAAAAACAACCCCGACACAAGAAAGAGAGUUGUACUAGGAAUAACAAAGGCAGGAGAUCUUCCUGGGGAUUACUGGCAAAUAGAUUUUGCGGAGUUACCACGCAAAGAGGGAUACAGGUACAUACUGGUAUUGGUUGACACCUUCAGUGGAUGGCCAGAAGCUUACCCCUGUCGCACUAACACAGCUAAAGAGGUGGUGAAAGUUUUGCUUAACCACAUAAUUCCGAGAUUUGGGGUUCCCUUGGGAAUAUCAUCACAUAGGGGACCACACUUUGUCGCAACAGUGGUCAAAGAUGUUAGCCAGAUUUUGGGAAUUACUUGGGAUCUGCACACACCUUAUAGACCCCAAGCGAGUGGUAAAGUUGAACGUAUGAAUGGGACUCUUAAGAGACAAAUUAGUAAAAUUUGUCAGGAGACAUCCAUGACGUGGGUUCAGGCCCUACCUGUAGCUUUAUUGAGAAUUCACAUCCAACCGAGGCGGAGGGGUAACAUCAGUCCCUACGAAAUACUGUAUGGCAGACCAUAUCAAAGUCCACACAUUCCAGGUGAAAUUCAUCUGAAGGGGAAAUGUGAUCUGCAGCGCUAUUUAAUGGCUUUAGGUUCCACUUUACAGAAGCUUCAGCGUUACAUCGUGUUAUCCAGACCCAUAGGACUGGACACACCUGCACAUCCGUUCCAACCUGGAGCUUGGGUCUAUGUAAAAUGGUGGGACAGUGAUCCUCUGCAAGCUAAGUGGAAAGGGCCAUUCAAAGUCCUGCUGACAACCUUUAGUGCAGUUAAAGUUGCUGACAGAGGACCCUGGAUUCACUAUUCCAGAAUUAAGAAAGCUUCAGCUCCCGAACAAUUAUAACAACAAAGACUGAUGUUAAUGAUAACA